AUGGAGCGUCUCAACGAGCCCCAAAUUGUGAUUAAACGUUUCAUGUUUGUUUUAUUGAUUCUAAAAUAUUUAAAAGGUUUGAAGCAGACGCAGGACUGGGACUGGUCCACAGGUCUCAGGUCCAGGGUUCAGACUGGGACUGGUCCACAGGUCUCAGGUCCAGGGUUCAGACUGGGACUGGUCCAAAGGUCUCAGGUCCAGGGUUCAGACUGGGACUGGUCCACAGGUCUCAGGUCCAGGGUUCAGACUGGGACUGGUCCAAAGGUCUCAGGUCUAGGGUUCAGACUGGGACUGGUCCAAAGGUCUCAGGUCCAGGGUUCAGACUGGGACUGGUCCACAGGUCUAGGGUCCAGGGUUCAGACUGGGACUGGUCCACAGGUCAACUCAGAUGCUAACUCAGAUGCUAACCCAGAUGCUAACUCAGAUGCUAACUCAGAUGCUAACCCAGAUGCUAACCCAGAUGCUAACUCAGAUGCUAACUCAGAUGCUAACUCAGAUGCUAACUCAGAUGCAAACCCAGAUGCUAACUCAGAUGCUAACUCAGAUGCUAACUCAGAUGCUAACUCAGAUGCUAACUCAGAUGCUAACCCAGAUGCUAACUCAGAUGCUAACCCAGAUGCUAACCCAGAUGCUAACUCAGAUGCUAACUCAGAUGCUAACCCAGAUGCUAACCCAGAUGCUAACUCAGAUGCUAACUCAGAUGCUAACUCAGAUGCUAACCCAGAUGCUAACUCAGAUGCUAACUCAGAUGCUAACUCAGAUGCUAACCCAGAUGCUAACUCAGAUGCUAACUCAGAUGCUAACUCAGAUGCUAACUCAGAUGCUAACUCAGAUGCUAACUCAGAUGCUAACCCAGAUGCUAACCCAGAUGCUAACCCAGAUGCUAACUCAGAUGCUAACCCAGAUGCUAACUCAGAUGCUAACUCAGAUGCUAACUCAGAUGCUAACCCAGAUGCUAACCCAGAUGCUAACCCAGAUGCUAACUCAGAUGCAAACUCAGAUGCUAACUCAGAUGCUAACUCAGAUGCUAACUCAGAUGCUAACUCAGAUGCUAACUCAGAUGCUAACCCAGAUGCUAACUCAGAUGCUAACUCAGAUGCUAACUCAGAUGCUAACUCAGAUGCUAACUCAGAUGCAAACCCAGAUGCAAACCCAGAUGCUAACUCAGAUGCUAACUCAGAUGCUAACCCAGAUGCUAACUCAGAUGCUAACUCAGAUGCUAACCCAGAUGCUAACUCAGAUGCUAACUCAGAUGCUAACUCAGAUGCUAACUCAGAUGCUAACCCAGAUGCUAACUCAGAUGCUAACCCAGAUGCUAGCUCUAGAUGCUAA